AUGGUGACCAUUAGUGAAGUCAAAGGGAAUACGAGAGAGAACCGGACCGCAGCGCACACACAUAUCAAAGGAUUGGGAUUAAGAAAUGAUGGCUAUGCGGAGAAGUCGAGUAAUAGUUUCGUUGGGCAGACCGCUGCGAGAGAAGCCUGCGGAGUGGUCGUCGACCUUAUCAAGUCGAAGAAGAUGUCUGGACGCGCUAUGUUAUUAGCUGGUGGUCCUGGCACUGGCAAAACAGCUCUCGCCCUUGCCGUAUCACAAGAUUUGGGAACGAAAGUACCGUUCUGUCCAAUCGUGGGAAGUGAAGUCUAUUCUACAGAGGUCAAGAAGACGGAGGCUCUGAUGGAGAACUUUCGGAGAGCAAUAGGUUUGCGCGUGCGAGAGACCAAGGAGGUUUACGAAGGAGAGGUCACCGAACUCACACCAGAGGAAGCAGAGAAUCCAUUAGGGGGCUAUGGGAAGACGAUCAGUCAUCUCCUAAUAGGUCUCAAAUCAUACAAAGGCACGAAGAAAUUGCGACUAGAUCCCUCAAUAUAUGAAGCCAUACAAAAAGAGCGAGUCACAGUCGGCGAUGUCAUCUACAUAGAAGCAAACACGGGCGCAUGCAAAAGAGUUGGACGAUCAGAUGCAUAUGCGACGGAGUUUGAUCUUGAAGCUGAAGAGUAUGUACCCAUACCGAAGGGUGAGGUUCACAAGAAGAAAGAGAUUGUGCAGGACGUAACGCUCCAUGAUCUUGACAUCGCAAACGCGCGACCGCAAGGAGGACAGGAUAUAAUGAGUAUGAUGGGGCAAUUGAUGAAACCAAAGAAGACGGAAAUAACAGACAAGUUGCGAGAAGAGAUCAACAAAGUCGUGAGCAGAUAUAUCGACCAAGGGGUUGCCGAGUUGGUACCUGGAGUCCUCUUCAUUGACGAGGUGCACAUGCUCGAUAUUGAAUGUUUUACCUACCUGAACCGCGCCCUCGAAUCCCCCAUCUCCCCCAUCGUCAUCCUCGCUUCGAAUCGUGGCAAAUGCACUAUCCGCGGAACAGAAGACCUUGUGGCGGCACACGGUGUGCCACCAGACCUCCUGGCACGCCUUCUCAUCAUACCCACCGCCACCUAUUCUCCAGAAGAAGUGAAGACAAUAAUACGGUUACGAGCCAAGACCGAAGGUCUUAGUAUUACAGAACCAGCGUUGGAGAAGGUUGCUGAGCACGGUGUCAAGGUCAGCUUGAGAUAUGCUCUGCAGCUUCUCACACCGGCGAAUAUAUUGGCCAGAGUCAACCGAAAGUCCGAAAUAGACGUGGACGAUGUGGCAGAAUGUGAAGACCUGUUCAUCGAUGCGCGGAGAAGUGCGCAUAUUGUGAAUGUGGGAGAGAAUUUCAUCUCGUGA